UAAGGUUUAAACGAGACGCUUUGGAAAACAACUCAACAUAAAGCAGAAAAUAUAGAAAGGUCAUAAAACCCUAACUUACAAAAUCCCACUCUACAUCAUCAGGAAAUGGCGACACGAUCCGUCAAUGCAGUGAUCGUAGAUCUCAAUGACCUUCCCGGAGACGUAGACGAAGACAACGGCAACUCCGACUGUUUCAUCUUCUCCACCCCUCUCUCCUCCCGCGGCUUCACCAAGCACGACGCAAUCUCCGUUGAGAAUUACGACCUCGAUCGUCGCCUCUGCAGAAUCAAAUCGGAACCCUCAUCAAUCUUCAUAGAUCUCGACCGAUAUAACAACGACGAAGACGACGACGAUCUAAGAAUCCUCUGUUUCCCUCCAAUCCUAGAAAAGGGUCAGUCCUCAAAGGGUAAGCCUUUGAGACCUUCGACCUCCUUCGACUGUGAGAUCUGUGUGGAAUCAAAACCUCUAACUGAAUCGUUCUCGAUCAAUGGAUGCUCUCACUCAUACUGCAACGAUUGCGUCUCGAAGUACAUCGCGGCUAAGUUACAAGACAACAUACUUUCUAUCGAUUGCCCUGUCUCUGGUUGCUCGGGACGGCUCGAGCCAGAGCAAUGUCGUGUGAUCCUGCCACGACAGGUCUUCGAUCGGUGGGGAGACGCUCUUUGUGAGGCGGUGGUGAUGCGUUCAAAGAGAUUCUACUGUCCAUACAAAGAUUGCUCUGCUCUUGUGUUCUUGGACGAGAGCGAAGGUGAGAAGAUGAAGGAAUCUGAGUGUCCUCACUGCAAUAGAAUGGUGUGUGUAGCGUGUGGGACUAAGUGGCAUCUGGAGGUGACCUGCGAAGAGUUUCAGAAGCUAGCGGAGAACGAGAGAGAAAGAGAAGAUAUUUUGCUGAAGAAAAUGGCAGAGAGUCAGAAGUGGAGAAGAUGCCCUUCUUGCAAAUUCUACAUUGAAAAGUCUCAGGGUUGCUUAUACAUGAAGUGCAGGUGUGGGUUGGCUUUUUGCUACAACUGUGGAACUCCAUCUAAGGACCAUUCUCAUUAUUGUUACAAUUGCAAGCGUUAAUUUUAUUACUACUUACGUCUCCAAAAUUAUUUGCUUUUUAGAUUUGGAACUAAAAUUUAGCAUUAUGAACCAUCUCUGGAUCCACAUUUUAUAUGGAAUUAUCUUUGGUACAAUGUAAAAAGGUGUUCACUUGGAGGUGAAUUACAAUGAGCCAAAUGUUGGGAAUGAAUUUCUCAGAAGCUCCUUUCGCGUGAACACUUUCUCUGUAAGGUACAUUCCAUAUAUAAACGAACAAAAUUGUAAUUCAAC